UAGUUUACUCUCCCUAGAAGCUGGUCUUAAGCUGCUUCGGUUCAGAGUACCAGUCCGAAAUGGGUGGUCAUUACCCAGCGCCCAUAGCCCCUACCCAUACCCGCAUAGGAUGGAUAGGCAUCGGCGUCAUGGGUGGCGCCAUGGCCUCCCGCUUCAUCUCCGCCGGCUACUCCCUUUCCAUCUAUGCCCGCACCCCAUCUAAAGCCACCUCCCUAGUCUCCAUCGGCGCCACUCUCGCCUCCUCCCCGGCGGAACUCGCUGCCACCAGCGACGUCGUUUUCACCAUGAUCGGCCAUCCUUCUGACGUCCGAACCCUCGUCCUCGACACACUUCUUCCGUCCUUCAGUCCCAACACCGUCAUCAUCGACCAUACCACUAGCCACCCGGCACUAGCCAGGCAAGUUUACGCUUCCGCCCUUGAGAAACACUGUUAUUCCGUCGAUGCCCCCGUAUCUGGGGGAGAUAUAGGGGCUAGAGAUGGUAAAUUGGCAAUUUUCGCGGCUGGGGAUGCUGAGGUGGUGCAGUGGUUAAAGCCCUUGUUUGAUAUAUUGGGGAAAGUGAAUUAUAUGGGGAAUGCUGGCAAGGGACAAAGUUGUAAGAUAGCUAAUCAGAUGGCACUAGUGGGGAGUUUUUUGGGAUUGAGUGAAGGAUUGGUGUUUGCGGAGAAGGCGGGAUUAGAUAAGGAUAAGUUCUUGGAGGCGGUGAGAGGGGGUGCGGCUGGGUCCAUGGUUAUGGAAUUGUUUGGGAAGAGGAUGAUUAGUAGGGAUUUUAGGCCUGGAGGUUUUGCGGAGUAUAUGGUGAAGGAUUUGGGGAUAGGAGUAGAUUUGGAAGAAGGGGAGGAGGAGGUAGUGGUGUUUCCAGGAGCUGCACUGUCUAAGCAGUUGUUUUCUGCAAUGGUGGCGAAUGGGGACGGGAAGUCUGGGGCGCAGGGUGUUAUAACGGUGAUUGAGAGAAUGAAUGGAAUGGGGGGGUGAAUAGGGUAGAGGUUAAGCAGUUGUCUUGCUCUUUCAUGUACGAUGUGGUUGUGUUUGAGUUUGCUUGCUCGUUUCUAGUCUAUGGUUACAUGGUGAAGCCACUGAUUCUGUUUGUUGCUCAUUUUGGUUAUUCGUGAUGCUCACGCAUACCGGCUUCCCCAAAGUUAAUGAGACACUUCCUGUAUAUUCUAGUGAAUCAUUUCUUGUCAUCUUGAUUAUGAAAUAGUAAUUGUCUUGUUCUUUGAUUCUGCA